AUGGGAGCCAACCUCUCCAAUAUAGAGUCUGUUGUUGAGAGAUCAUCACUCCCAUCUCCCAUCCUCACCUUCCAUUCCACUGCUAAAUGGAAGGCUCACUUUGAGGCUUCCAAAAAAACAAACAAGCUGAUGGUAAUUGACUUCACGGCUGCUUGGUGUGGACCUUGCAAAUAUAUGAAUUCAGUUAUCAAAGAAUUUGCUGCAAAAUUCAAAGAUGUUGAGUUCAUUAAGAUUGAUGUGGAUGAGUUAAUGGAGGUGGCAAAUGCGUUUCAGGUGCAAACAAUGCCAACAUUUAUUCUAAUUAAGAAUGGAAAAGUGGUUGAAAAAGUGGUGGGAGCAAAAAAGGAGGAGUUACAGAAGAUGAUUGAGAAACGUAGGAGGAGUUUGAGUGUGUGA